UUGAAACAAUUAGUUGGCACUGCAACAAAUUUAUUCGUUAUUCGUUAUUCGUUAUUAAUUUUUUCAGCGUCCUUAAAUAAUUGUUCUAGAGAAGCUUCCACCUCCCAAAUCUUACUACAUCAACUUUCUAUUCAAAUGGUAUUUGUGAAAAGGUCAAGGAAUCAAGGGUAGUAUCGAAAUAAAUGAUGGGCGUAUUUUUUAAAACAAACAGCAAAGUUUGGGAUAAUUUUGUAAUUUAGCCUAUAAUGUAUCAAGCGUAAUCCGGCAGUGCUCACUUGUGAAUUGUGAGUCUUCUGAGAUUGAACUUUGGUGCUAAACCCUGCAAAAACCCGACGCCCAGCCGGAGCAGACGAAACCUCACCGGAGAAGAAUCCAUUAAUGGCUUUGAUCAGAUCGAAGCCAAAUCUUCCACGCUUUCUAUCUUCUCUCUCGCACCGCAUUCAGAAUCACCGUUCAUUUUCAUCCUCUCCUUCGAUUUCAGAGGCAGAUGCAGAGGUUCACCUUCAGAAUCAGGACGAGGACGCGAGCCAAAGUCCUCAAAAUGCCUCAAAACCCCUCCUCUCGCCGGAGGAAAUGCAGACCGCCGAUAAAUUCUACGCCCUAAUCAAGGAAUACUAUCGAAGAAACCCCAAUCCCGAUCCCACUCCACCAUGCCCUAACUUCACCAUCUCUGCUUUCUCCAACGAACUAUCACACAUCUCGGCCGUCCAUUCCGUCUCUCCGGCCGUUGUUCGUCACGUAAUCGAGAAAUCCGGUGGAGUCCGCCAUGGGAUCCCCUUCCUCCAAGCCCUCGCGUUCUUCAACUGGGCGACGGCGCGCGAAGGGUUCCAGCACUCGGCCGAGCCCUACAACGAGAUGAUCGACUUAGCCGGUAAGGUAAGACAAUUCGGAUUAGCUUGGCAUCUGAUUGAUCUGAUGAAAGCCAGAACCGUAGAAAUCACUGUCGAAACCUUCUCGAUUCUUGUGCGGCGGUACGUGAGGGCUGGAUUGGCGGCGGAGGCGGUUCACGCGUUCAAUCGAAUGGAGGACUACGGCUGCAACCCCGACAAGAUUGCUUUCUCCAUUGUUGUCAGCAUUCUCUGUAAGAAGCGAAGGGCAAGUGAAGCCCAGUCGUUCUUCGACAGUCUGAAGCAUAAAUUUGAACCAGACGUCGUCGUGUACACGAGCUUGGUUCAUGGGUGGUGUCGAGCAGGUGAAAUCUCCGAGGCCGAGAGGGUGUUCAAAGAGAUGAAAAUGGCAGGUAUUAGCCCUAAUGUUUAUACUUACAGCAUUGUGAUUGAUGCAUUAUGUAGAUGUGGCCAAAUUACUCGUGCCCAUGAUGUUUUCUCUGAGAUGAUUGAUUCUGGGUGCAAUCCAAACUCAGUUACAUUCAACAAUCUUAUAAGAGUUCAUGUGAAGGCUGGUAGAACAGAGAAGGUUUUGCAAGUGUAUAACCAGAUGAGGAGAUUGGGAUGUGCUGCUGAUAUAAUUACUUACAACUUCAUCAUCGAGACUCAUUGUAGGGAUGAUAAUCUUGGAGAGGCUAUAAAGGUCCUCAACUCGAUGGCUAAGAAAGGUUGCUCCCCCAAUGCCUCGACUUUCAACCCGAUAUUUAGGUGUAUUGCGAAGUCACAAGAUGUGAACAGCGCGCAUCGGAUGUUUGCUAAGAUGAAGGAUCUGGGUUGUAAGGCGAAUACGGUGACAUACAAUAUCUUGAUGCGAAUGUUUGCGGAGUCGAAAUCUGCUGAUAUGAUUUUCAAGCUGAAGAAGGAGAUGGACGAGGAGGAGGUCGAGCCUAAUGUGAAUACUUACCGGGUACUGAUAUCGUUGUAUUGUGGGAUGGGGCAUUGGAACAAUGCCUACAAGUUCUUCMGGGAGAUGAUUGAGGAAAAAUGCUUGAAACCCAGCAUGCCCAUCUAUCAGAUGGUUCUGCAGCUGCUCAGAAAUGCAGGACAAUUGAAGAAGCAUGAGGAAUUGGUGGAUAAGAUGGUUGAGAGAGGAUUCGCCUCUCGGCCGCUGUAAAAAUCACCGUCUUCUUUCACAUUCAAAGAUGUAAUUGCAUUUGCAAAAACUUCGAGACAGGAAGUUCGUAUCGUUUUUUAUGCA